AUGAAUGCUAAUCUGAGUACAUUAGUAACUCAGUUUGUUCAGGGGAUUAAGUCUCGUAACGAGGAGGACCGAUUGAAAACUGUUACUGAGUUGUGUAAAGUGGUUAGCAGCGAGCUGAAAGAAGUCUCAAAUAAAAACUAUGUCAUAUGUUUGGAUAUCUUAUGUAACGAAUUUAUCAACAUAUUUUCGAGCGGUGAUGUACAUGAAAAAAAGGGAGCUGUUAUUGCUAUGGGUUGUUUGGCCGAAGUGGACUUUAUGAGUGUUCACAAUCAUUGUCAGCGUUUUGUUAAACUACUGCUUACUCAAUCAGUUACUAAUGAUCUUCAAUUAACAGCUUUAGAGGCCAGACUUAUUGGUCAGUUGGGCUUAGUCUUUCCAUACGAUUUCAUUGAAGAACAAAUUGAGUAUGCCUGUGAUAUAUUGUCAAAAGAUAGCUGUGAUGCAUUAAAACACUUUGCAAUAUUAACCUUAAGAGAAUUUAUUCUAAACACUCCAACAAGUUUUUGUCAACACAUGGGUUCAUUUAUCUCAGCCAUCCUGUCUGCUCUUCGGGAUAAAAAUGCAAUUACACGAGAGUUGGCCAGCACUGCAUUACGUUGUGCAUUCAUUUUAACUGCUAAACGUGAACAACGACGUUACAGAACCUCUCUUGGCAUAGAUUAUAAUCGUAUGGGUGAAUCACCGGGAAGUUUUACAAAUCUUGAGAAUGGUGGUGGUGGCGGCGUGGGCGGCGUUGGAGGAGGUUCUGGUAGUGGUACAUCAUCGUCUGUUUUCAAUCUUGGUAGUGGGAGUACUGUACGUCAUAAAACCAGUCAAAGUUAUAUGAGCAAUCCUGUGAAUUUUCAUAAUUUUGAUUAUGCAAUUCACGAUACAAGUCCAACUUCAUCACCAUUUAUCUGGUAUCGUGAUUGUUUAAUUGAAGCUUUACGUACACAAAAUGAGGCGAUUACAUUAAUGCAACAAGAACAAUCAAGUCAUAUUGCUAGUCUAAAGAAAUUAAAUCGUGACGAUUGGACACAUGGUAACCUACUGUUACUGCAAGAAUUACUUGUCUGUGUACAACCACAAUAUGGCAAACUGUUAAUGGAGUUGGAUCAAAUGUGUGGAUUACCAUUAUUUGAAUUUCUUACGAUCAAUCAAAGUGAAGCAAAUCAAGCCUUACGUACUGUGUUAACUGCUCGUUGGCCUAUUGCAAAUGCAUCAUCUAUUCUAGUAGCUAUUGGUGUUUUACCUGGUAGUCCAUUUUAUGCCUCCGAUUCAGAACAAUUACCAAAUAUAGCACUUGAAUUACUUGGUUUACGUGAUGGUAUAAAACAGGAACAGCAACAGCAGCAGCAACAAUCACAACAACAACAGUACCAACAGGCCCAACAUCAACACCAACACCAGAAUCACCAUCACCACCAUCAACAACAACAACAAUAUGGUUGGCAACAUUUUAGUAAUUUUUCAUCAGAAAUUUGUCGUCUUCUUCUAUUAGAAAAUAUUGAUAAGAUUUGGGCUUCAGUAUUGUCGUGGACUAGUUCUCGUAAUCAUCAAAUCAUGUUCCUACUGUACAAAUUAAUUCCUCGUUUAAUUGCACUGAAACCUAGUGAAUUUCUAGAUUCGGAACGUCAACAAGCUGUCAUGGAUUGGAUGUUUCAAUGUCUUCGUAAAGAAAAAGAGAAACCAAUGAUUUUAUUAAAUUUAGCUCUUAUCUGUUAUUUCAUGGGCAGUGAAUUUGCUACAUCGAAUUAUAUAACACAAUUGUUCCAGUCUAUACGUUCAUAUUUACCAACACAAAAAGAUAUUUCAAAUAAGAAACGUUCUCCAGCCUUGGAAACUUCAGCUAUUCUCUCUGUUAGUCUGUUGACUAAAUCUCUUGGUCCUUUGAUCAGUGAAUCAGUUACUCAAGUAUUAGAUGCAAUUGUAGCGUCUGGUUUAAAUCAACCUCUUAUUGCUACAUUCAAAGUGAUCGCUACGCAUAUACCAAGAAUGCGAAAAGAAAUUCAGGAUUGUCUUCUAGCUAACAUAAGUCUGGUUUUAAUGGAAAGCACUGGCGGUAGUUUUAAUCAUCUUCACUCGUUUAUCACAAAUAUCGGCACUGGUGGCAGCGAUACUAUUGGAUCCUUCUUUCCAAAUUUAAUGAGUCUUAUCGGUGUGUCAAAUACAUCUACAGUGAGUACUGGAACAAAUUUGUCUAGUUUAAACCCGUGUACAACAGUUACUGGUAGCAGUACAGGUGGCAUCGGUGUUAUUGGUGCUGGAGUUGUGGGUGGUGGUGGUGUGGGGUGGCGUGCAACACGUUUCAUCUUUGGUUCAUCCACGAAAAGUCAUAAUACAAAGUCAACAGGUAAUAUCAUUACAGGAUUGAAUACAACAGCUACAGAGUUUGGUAAUAUUGCUGUCCCGGGUGGAUCAUCAGCCUCUGGUGAAUCAUCUACUGAUGUUGCUGUUGUAGCAUUAGCGCUAAAAACACUGAGCAGUUUCAAUUUUGAAGGUCAUACUCUGGCUCAUUUUGUUCGACAUAUCUGUGAUAAUUUCAUAUCUGUAAGUACUUGUGAAGUGAAAGAGAUCCGAUUGGAAGCUGUUAAAACCUGUGCUCAUCUAAUGAUUCCAUGGUUGAAGUCAACUGAAAUGCAACAAUGGUAUGCUCGACCUGCUUUGAAUACCGUGGCGGAUGUUUUAAGUAAAUUACUAACUGUUGGAACUAGCGAUCCAGAUCCUGAUGUACGACGUUGUGUAUUUCAGUCAUUCGAUCGACGAUUCGAUCCGCAUUUAGCUCAAUCGAAUCAUUUAAAUUAUCUCUUCUUGGCAUUAUAUGAUGAAGUAUUUGAUAUACGUUGUUUAGUAAUGCAACGUCUUGGCCGGUUAGCAGAUAUUAAUCCUGCAUGUGUUCAACCUAAACUACGCAAAGUCGUGUUGCAUACAUUGAACGAUCUUUCCCACAGUGGAUCAACUCGGAAUAAAGAACAAUCAGCCUUAUUGUUAGCUUGUUUAAUUGCUUCAGCGCCAAGAUUUUUUAUUCCUUAUGCUGAACCAUUGAUCCAUAUUCUAUUGCCACGUAUACGUCAAACAUUACCAGCAUCGCUGCAAGCCAGUUUAGCAGUAGCUAAUUUCUCUAGAUUACAGAAUUCUGCUCUUGCUUGUGGUAAUGAUGCUGACUCAUCUUCAUCUCUUCUGCCAUCUGGAUGUGUUCCAGCCAGUACACAUUUAAUGCAGAAUGUAAUUUUAACUACACAGAUAGCUGCUAGUGCUGCAGCAGCUGCAGCGAAUGCAGUGGCUAUAGCAGUUGCAGCUUCUGGUGGUGGUGGUGUCGGUGGGUUAAAUUUCCUACCAAAUAAUAUUAAUAAUAAUCCAUCACAGCGGACUAGUGCUUCAGCACGACGUGGUCCUGUCAGUCAUACUGGUGGCAUGAAUCAAGUUGGUCCAGCUUUGGCUGCUGUCAAUGCAGUUGCUAUAGCGACAGGAGCGGCAGCUGCUGCCGCAACCGCCGCUGGAGCUGUAAUUGCUGCAACUAAACACAGUACUACUGCCAGUGGAGCCUUGAAUAUGGAUUCAAAAGAUGCACUGGGAACAGGAAUGUUUACAAAUUAUGAAUUUAAAUCAAAUGCACCUAUGCAUGAAUUAGCUGCAAUCUCUGAACGUUUUGGAAAUUUGAAUUUUGGUUUCAAUCAAGAUGUCUAUUUCAAUAAUAACAUGAACAUGAACAACAAUCUUAAUAAUAAUAACUACUAUAAUUUCGCUCCUGGUGGUUUUCUCCCGCUGACAUAUUUUCCUCCGAAUGUAAUGCCUUUAAUAACUUCAAAAAUCACUGGUUAUGAUCAUCAGUAUUAUUCUUCGUCGGGUGGUGCUCAACCUUGGAAUGACUUCAAUAUAUCUUCUUCUUCUAGUAGUAGUAGAAUGUAUGAGAAUUCAUCAACUGCACAAUGGACAGAACCAACACCUGUGAUUAUUGCUUUAUUCACAACCCUGGGUCGAUUAGCUGCUGUUGCGCCUCGUUCUAUCUAUACAUUUAUGGAUGAAUUUAUACCAGUCUUAGCUUAUAUGAUGCAGGAUACAUCGUGUUUUCUGAAACGAUCAAUUGCUGUCUGGACGUUAACUAAACUAGUUUCGCAUACUGGUUAUGUUGUUACACCGUAUAAGCGUUAUCCUCAAUUAUUGAAUAUCCUUUUGGGUAUGUUAAAACGUGAAGAAAUCAAGUGUAUUCGACAAGAGGUAUUACGAGCUCUUGGUGUUCUUGGUGCUUUGGAUCCGUUUAAAUUUAAACUAUAUUCCGGUCAAGUGGAUACAUACAGUGAUACAGGAAUCGCUGUCAGUCAUCAUGAAGUUGCUGAACGUAAAGACGUCGAUAUAACUCAAUCAGAGCUAGUCAUCAAUCUCUCUUGGGAAAGUCGUGAUGUUUUCUUCUCUGUUUGUGCACUGUCAGCUUUAAUUCAUUCUCUAAGAGAUCCAGCACUUCAUACACAAUAUGGUAGUAUUGUACAUACAAUAGUCUAUGUAUUGAAAUUAUUGGGUCCACGUGCAGCCUAUUACCUGCGUCAGUUGAUUCCAGAUUAUUUUCGUUGUUUAGAAAAUACACGGGAUGCACGAUUACAAGAAUUUCUUAUCCGUCAAUUGGGCAGUGUAAUGACUAUUGUUAGAUUGCAUACAAAAGAAUUUGCUCAUGAAGUUGUUGAUUUAUUAAUAACACAUUGGUGGAUAGCUCCAAAUGUUCAACGUGCAUGUAUUGCAUUACUUAGUCCAAUGUCAUCUGUUUUGGGUGCUGAAUUUCGUACUUACCUAACACGUCUUAUUCCAACAAUAUUAAGAACAUUUCAUCAUGAAUCGAAUGAGUUGAAUUUAAUUGAGCUAUUAGAAAUCCUUCCAGAGUUUGGAUAUACCCUUGAAGAUUAUGCGCAUAUUCUUGUCCCGUCAAUUGCAAAUCUCGUCGAUAUUACUAAUGAAGCAAGUCUAUCUGUAUUGUUGAAUAGUGUUUCAGAGAAUUCUGCAUCAAAUAAUAAUACUUCAGCAUCGUCAACGUCGACAACAGGAGCAGCAACAACAACAUCGGCGACAACUGGUGUUUCAUCAACUGGGCACAUUGAUUCAAAUGUCAUUAAUUUAUCAAAUAUUUUUAGUAGUGUUUCAGAUGCCACUGCUAAUUCUCUUAAUGUCUCUACAAAUGAUUCAACUCUAGGCGGAGUACAAUCUACAUCACCGAAUACUCUUAAUGGUGGUUUGUCAGCAUCAAGUGGUUUGAAUCAAAAUAUAAUUGUUGGUAAGGUGGGCAGUGUACAUCUACGUAAAGCCUGUCUAGAGUGUUUAGCACGAUUUACAGAUUGUGUUGAACUGGGUGAUUUUGCUGGACAAAUAAUUCAUCCAGUAUGUCGUUUACUGUUAACAUUAGAAUCAUGUCAUCAAAGUUUUCAACAACUUCUGCAUCAACAUCAUCACCAUCAUUCCUCGUCAUCUUCAUCGGUGAAGUCGACAGCAUCGUUAGGCAGUCAAGCUUGUCUGAAUGCUAUCAAUCAGUUACGUGUACCAGCUAUGGAUGUGUUAACUGGUCUAUUAUAUCGUAUGGGACAGAAAUUCAAGUAUUUUUUACCAUUAGUACAAAAAAUGCUUAAUCGAUUGCAUUUACAUACGCCAAGAUUUAAUACUGUACUUGGUCAGAUUGAGAAAGGAGCAUUUCUACCGACAAGCAGUGAUCGUGCAUACAUUAAAUUUACUAGUAUAUCAACUCGAAAACGUGAAGAGAAAGAAACUGUAGAAGAUUCAGAAGCACCUGGAGCGAUUAAACUGUUAAAAAUCAAUAAUACUAAUUUAGAACGAGCAUGGCAUGCUUCUCGAAUGGUUAGUCGUGAUGAUUGGACACAAUGGUUAAAAACAUUCAAUAUGGCUUUAUUAAGAGAAUCACCAAGUCCUGCGAUUCGUGCCUGUAGUCAACUGACUGCUAUUACACCGGGAAUUGGACGUACUCUAUUCAAUGCUGCAUUUCUUAGUUGUUGGCCUGAAUUAAAUUAUCGUCAACAAGAUGAUUUAAUCAAUACACUGGAACGUGUCCUACGGAUACCGGAUCAAUCACCAGAAGUCAGUCAAACUAUUUUAAACUUGGAAGAAUUUAUGGCACAUAUGGAUAAUCAUUCUAGUUCAUCACAUCGAGUUCAUUUACCAUUACCUUUGGGUGUUUUAGCUGAUAGAGCAUUAAAAAAUCGUGCUUAUGCUAAAGCAUUAUAUUAUAAAGAACAAGAAUUUUUCAUGGAAUCUGAAAAACGUUCAUGUCCUAGUCCAGCUACAUUAUCAUCUUUAUUAACUAUAUAUAGUAAAUUAAAUUUAGAAGAAGCAGCUAACGGUGUUCUACUAUAUGCUACACGUAGUACACAAGAUAAACUGGCGAAUGAAGAAAUCUGGAGAGAGAAAUUACACGAUUGGAAGUGUGCUCUAAAUUUAUACGAACGGAAAUUAGAAGAUGAUCGUAUCAAGGAUAAAAGUUCUCUGAUUCUUGGCCGAAUGAGAUGUCUUCGCGCCUUAGGUCAAUGGGCUCCAUUAAAUAAUAUGGCAUGGGAACGUUGGGAUAAUGUUAGCGAUCAAAUGCGUGUAUUUAUGGCCCCGUUGGCUUGUAGUGCAGCAUGGGCGCUUAAUUCCUGGGAUCGUGUAGAACGCUAUUCUGAGGCGUUAUCAGCUGAUAAUAGUUUCGAUGGGGCAUUCUAUAGAGCUGUGCUAAAUAUUCACUCUGGACAAUAUGCUAAAGCCUGUGAAUUUAUCAUGAAAGCACGUGAUGUCUUAGACUCAGAUUUAACAGCAAUGGCUGAAGAAAGUUAUGAUCGAGCGUAUGCUGAUUUAGUUGGAACUCAAUUGUUAUCUGAAGCUGAAGAGGUUAUACAGUAUAAAUUAAUGCCAGAACAACGUCCAAUUCUUCGUGAAGCAUGGCAAUCACGUCUACUUGGUUGUAAUACUGUUGUAGAAGAUUGGAGUCAAAUUAUUCAACUGAGAAGUUUAGUACUAGAACCAUUUGAAGAUCGUAAAUCAUGGUUACGUUUUGCUGGACUUUGUCGUCGAAGUGGUCGUUUUAUUCUAUCACGUCAAGUAUUAGAAAAUCUCCUAGGUUUAGAUCCAGCUGGUAUACCACCGAGUGAGCCAAUUCCAAGUCGUGAUCCAGCUAUUGUAUUUGCCUAUUCUAAAUUAUUAUGGGCAGUUGGAGCACAUGAAGAAGCUGUUAGUCGAUUGUGUGUAUUGAAAACACAAGUUUUAGAACCAUUACUUAAAGCUGGUGGUGUUGUUGGCAGUGGUGGUGGUGGGGAUGCAGUCAAUGGGUGUGGAUUGAUGAAUACAACUAUUGGACAACAACAGCAACAACAACAACAAACAUUUUGGUCUCCAAAUUUAAUCAAUACAAAUGAAAUAUUUGAUAGUUGGGAUUUGAAAAAUCUCACUAAUCAUGGAAAUAAUAAUAAUGAAGAGUUAAGAAAACUAUUGGCCAAAUGUUGUCUAAAAUUAGGCUUAUGGUAUUCCGAGUUGUAUACACGUUCACCGCCUGGGAGUAGUGGUACAGGCCAUCAAACAGACAAUCAUUCGUUAACUAUACCACCACCACCGGCAGCAGCAUCCUCAUCCUCGUCAUCUUCUUUAUUCAUUACAGCUACUACGCAUAAUAAUAAUAAUAAUAGUAAUGGUUUACAGUAUUCUGUAGCAGCUGCUCGUAAACUAACAAAAGUUAAUAACAGUAAUGAUCCAUAUUUAUCCGUUAAUACAAAUGAUACUGUUAUUGAUAUGCAUGAAUCAAAUAAUCGUAAUAAUAAUAACAAUAAUAAUACUGUGCAUAAUGCAAAUAUUACACAAACAUGGGAAGAAUGUCAAGCAUUUGUUAUACAGUGUUAUCAAACAGCUACAUUAUAUGCACCAGAUAAUCAUAAUGCCUGGCAAUCAUGGGCUAUGGCUAAUUAUGCUGUAUUCAAUCAUUUAGACACACUGAAAGCGUGUUUAGAACGAGCUGAAUUAGAGUUGAAUAAGGUUGGUGGUAUCGAAAAUCAAAAUCUACGAUCAUCUCGAUGUAAUUUCUCAUCCCCCGCUGCUGGUAGCCAUGGUUCGAAUGCUUUGAAUUUACCUGGUGGAGGUGGUGGCGGUAAUGUCCCAUCAUUACCACAACCAAUAGCAGAGUUGGUUCGUGCAAAAGCUGAUUUACAACGAUGUAUGGAGUUGCAUGCUGCUCCAUCUGUUCGAGGUUUUGUGAAUUCUAUCAGUUUAUCACCAACAGCUAACCUACAGGAUAGUUUACGUUUAAUCAAUCUAUUGUUUAAAUUUGGUCAUUUAUUUGAAAUACGUGAAGUAAUCCGUGAAGGUUUAACAAAAAUUCGACUAGAUAAUUGGUUACUUGUUAUACAACAAUUGCUGGCGCGUAUUGAUACACCGAUAGAAUAUGUUGCCAAUAUUAUUGUUGAUUUGUUAAUCUCUGUUGGUAGACGAUAUCCUCAGUCAAUGGUUUAUCCAUUAGUCUUGUCAUUCAAGUCUGGUGGAUCAGAUCGUCGACGAUAUAAUGCUAAUCGUAUAUUGUACAGUAUGGAGGAACAAAAUUCACGCUUACUAUCAGAAGCAUUUUUGUUAAAUGAAGAACUAAUACGUUUAUCCAUUACAUGGGUUGAAAUGUGGUCUGAAUCUCUAGAAGAUGCAAGUCGUGUUUAUUUUGUUGAAAAAGAUAUCGCAAAAAUGUUCCGUCUACUUCAUCCACUGCAUCAAAUGAUGGAUCGUGGGCAUGAAACAAUUCAUGAGGCAACAUUUCUACAAGAACACGGUAAUGAUCUUGCUGAAUGUCGUUUAUGCUGUGAACAUUUUGAAAAAUCUCAGGCAAAAAUUGAUUUACAAAAAGCAUGGGAAGGUUAUUAUACCCUGUAUAGACGUUUUUCUAAACAAGUCAAUAAUAUGACUACCUUAGAAUUAACCGUAGCCUCUCCUCGUCUUCGUGAUUAUGGACAAGAUUGGCAGUUAGCUGUCCCAGGCACUUAUGAACCAUAUCGUCCAUUAGUGCGUAUUUCAAGUAUUAAAAAUUGCUUGAAUUUCAUUACAUCAAAACAACGUCCACGUAAACUUACAAUCAUGGGCUCUGAUGGGCAUCAGUAUGUAUUUUUAUUAAAAGGACAUGAAGAUACACGUCAAGAUGAACGUGUAAUGCAAUUUUUCGGUCUUGUAAAUACUCUACUAAUCAAUAAUCCAGAAACUCUACGUCGUAAUCUAACUAUACAACGAAUGUCUAUCAUCCCGUUAUCAACGUACACUGGAUUAAUUGGUUGGGUGCCAAAUAGUGAUACUUUUCAUAAUUUAAUACGGGAUUAUCGUGAAAAAGCUGAUGUUGUAUUGAAUAAAGAAAAUCGUGAAAUGCUUCGACUAGCUCCAGAUUUUGAUCGUUUAAAUGUUAUCCAAAAAACAGAAAUAUUUGAAGCUGGUUUAAGAGAAUCACGUGGACGAGAUUUAGCUGAUAUAUUAUGGUUAAAAAGUCAUAGUUCUGAAGCAUGGUUUGAGCGUAGAACUACUUUCACUCGAUCAAUGGCUACAAUGUCAAUGGUUGGUUAUGUUUUAGGCUUAGGCGAUAGACAUCCAUCGAAUAUAAUGUUGUCUCGUGAAACGGGCAAAGUGAUACAUAUUGAUUUUGGUGAUUGUUUUGAAGUGGCUACACUACGAGAGAAAUUUCCAGAGAAAGUACCAUUUCGAUUAACACGUAUGAUAAUUGCUGCUAUGGAGGUGACAGGAAUUGAUGGUGUCUAUCGUCAUACCUGUGAAAUGGUUAUGUCACUUAUGCGAUCUAAUCGUGAAAGUCUUCUAGCCGUCUUAGAAGCAUUUAUUCAUGAUCCAUUAUUACAAUGGGUACUUCAUGAAAAUCGUAUUGCAGUUGCUGCAGCUGCUAUGGCAACAAAUUGUUUAACGAAUGUAAAUACUACAGCUGGUGGUGGUGGUGGCGGCAUUGGUCAAGCUGGGCUGGGAACUAAUAAUCAAGUCGUUCAACCAAAACCUACUGCUCGUAAUUUGGACUAUGCACAUAGACAAGGACUUACUACUCAUCAUCAGAACACGCCUCAUCGUGUAAUGGAUAAAACUACUGGUCAACAAAAUCCUCAAGGACACUGUCAUCAACAACAAUUACAACAUCAACCGCCUCAACAGCAUUCCAAUAGACGAAUGAAUUCAUCGAAAAAAGUCUUUACUAAUCCAAAUCAUCCAGAUAGUGUUUCAUUACGUGAUCCACAAAAAGUUAAUCCAUGGCGUCAUCAUCUAUGUAAUGGACCGUGGUUUGGAUGUUAUGAAACUGCUAAACGUUUAAGAAGACAAACAGAAUCUGGUCACAUUGUCAUUGAACGUCAUGGACUACAAGGUUUCAUAUUCUCAGCUAAGCCGCCAAGUACAGAGGAUUCAUCCAUAGAUUCAGAAGCUCAACCGGUGACAUUGGGAAAUGUACGUGCACGUUCAGUAAUGGAGAGAAUUCGACAAAAAUUGACCGGUACAGAAAGAGAUCAGUUGAUGAGUGUAUCUACACAAGUUGAGUUUUUAAUACGUGAAGCAACAUCAAAUCAAAAUUUAUGCCAAAUGUAUAUAGGCUGGUAA